GCAACCCUAUUUUUGAGUCAGCUGCUUGUAGUUUUGCGAUUUCAUUGCAAUUUUAAUUUGCCGAACUAUAAAAACAGAAAUCGAGUGCCGAUCAUGCCCAACGAGAAUGCGGAGGACCAGGUUGGUCAGGACUUGAAGCAGAAGGCCAAGGAGGUGGCCGUCGCCUCUGAGGAAAUGCUCGAGAAGGUUGUUGCCGGCUUAAAGCUCCAGGAUACGUUAUCUUCGAAUAUACCCGGAAAUGAGGAUGCAGAGCAGGCGGAAGGGGCCAAGGAUGAGGCUUCUGUGUCCGCGGAUGCAAACAAGCAGGCCUUGCUACAAGCGGUAUCCGACGCCAUGGCCGGCACCCGCCAGAUAGCGAAACGAUUCGCCUUCUGGUCCACACAGCCAGUAACUAAGCUGGACGAGCAGGUCACCACCAACGAGUGCAUCGAGCCGAAUAAGGAAGUCAGUGAGAUCCGGGCGGAGCCCUACACUUUACCAGGUGGAUUCAAGUGGGUAACCCUUGACCUCACCGACGCCAACGACCUCAAAGAGCUGUAUACGCUUCUUAACGAAAACUACGUUGAGGACGAUGAUGCCAUGUUUCGCUUCGACUACCAACCGGAGUUCCUCAAGUGGUCACUGCAACCGCCGGGCUGGAAACGUGACUGGCACGUGGGCGUGCGAGUUGAGAAGUCCGGCAAAUUGGUUGGAUUCAUCUCUGCCAUUCCCAGCAAGCUAAAAUCCUACGAUAAGGUGCUUAAGGUGGUAGAUAUUAACUUUUUGUGCGUGCACAAGAAGUUGCGCAGCAAGCGGGUGGCUCCAGUUCUAAUCCGUGAGAUAACGCGUCGUGUCAAUCUAACAGGGAUAUUCCAGGCGGCCUACACAGCCGGAGUGGUGCUGCCCACGCCAGUGGCUACUUGUCGCUAUUGGCACCGCUCGCUGAAUCCAAAGAAGCUGGUGGACGUGCGCUUCUCGCAUCUGGCCCGCAACAUGACCAUGCAGCGCACCAUGAAACUGUACAAGUUGCCCGAUCAGCCCAAAACAAAGGGAUAUCGCCGGAUCACGGCUAAGGAUAUGGAUAAGGCGCACAAACUGUUGGAGGAUUACUUGAAGCGUUUUCAAUUAAGUCCCGUUUUUAGCAAAGAGGAGUUCAGACAUUGGUUUACGCCCAAGGAAGGCAUCAUCGACUGCUUUGUGGUGGCCGACGAGAAGGGCAACAUCACUGAUCUGACCAGCUACUACUGCCUGCCCUCUUCGGUGAUGCACCAUCCUGUGCACAAGACCGUACGAGCCGCCUAUUCAUUUUACAACGUCUCCACGAAGACUCCUUGGUUGGAUCUUAUGAACGAUGCCUUGAUCUCGGCCCGCAACGUCCAGAUGGACGUGUACAACGCCCUCGACCUCAUGGAGAACAAGAAGUACUUUGCGCCACUGAAAUUCGGUGCCGGGGAUGGCAACCUACAGUACUACCUUUACAACUGGCGCUGUCCAUCGAUGCAGCCGGAGGAGAUUGCCCUGAUACUCAUGUAGGCACUUCAACACCUAUGUUCACAUUCUCGCCCUGCCUUUCGCCGCUCCCGUUCCUCCGCUUUGUCCACCUCGCUGGAAGUCCCGUGCGGCUGCUUUGCAUGGCUCCCAUCCUCUUAGCUAUUACCCGUAAUCUUCAGUUAUUCCAGCGAGGGAAACCCUUUGCGAGUCACCUACCUAGCAUCAUUGUGAAACUGCAUUUUGCAACGGCCAAGCUUGGAUAUUUUUUACUACAAAAAAAUAAAAAUAAAUAAAUAAAAACACAAAUUUAAUAAAAUGCGCAGCAAUAUCUCUAGA